AUGCGCAAAAAGGGCAGCGGCUUCAUUGGGGGGAAGCUAAAUUUAAAAAUAAAAAAAAAAAAAAAAUCCACCAAGCAGGAAGUAGGGCGGCACGAAGCAGCUAACCGUCAUGUGGAUAGCGAUGCGGAAAAUUCCGAAGCAGUUCAGGUUAAGAGAAGCAACCCAUCGGAACAGGAUGGCAAGACGGAUGGAUCAGAAAAAGUCUUAAAAGGAACAGGACGAGUAACAACAGAGAAGAAUACAGUCCAUGGAGUGAGAACAGAAUUUAUGACCGAAAUAAAAGAGGGUUAUGACAUCAUUCUGGAAAAUCCUUCAACUUUUCGAAACGAACGAAGGACUGUGACGUCCAUUUUGAGCAACAAGACGUUGGUUGUUCAUGAGGAUUUUACAACGGAUAUAAGUACCACGUGUACCUUCUACAUUGUGCCUGGUGGGAAAUCUACUGGCCAAUCGGGGGCACAUAUCGGCGUGCAGUAUGCCAAAGUUUUUGAGCAGACGCCCAAGCAAGAUCAGGUCGAGGUGCGGGAAAAGACGGGACUCUGGUCGUACAGAGUUGUGAAGAAAAAGGUGGAUGGAAAGUUAACCAACGAGGAGAAGCUAGACAUGCGCGUGAAAAGCGGUCGAGAUAAGUUCUGCUGGUAG